AUGGCAAAGAAAAUACCUACCAUCAAGCCCGUAUCAGCGACAGAUGAAGAAUCACCCAAGUCAUCUGUCGAACCCAAACGUCCAGGCACCAGCGGAACGGAGCUCUUCCUCACUACCAACCGUCGCACCGCUUCAGCACAAUACGUUGCCGCGCAAAGAGCAGAAAAUGCUUAUAAGGCAAAGAAGAGAUCAGCAAGUGCACGUCAACAUCGGUCCGAGGCUGCAUCCCACUUCAAGCUGUCCGCGCAUCAUCUGAAGGAAAGCGUCAAGAGCUGUUGGAGCAUGGUUGCUGCAGUACCGUGGAUGGUGAGGGAAUGGAAAGGGAAUCGACAAGCUGAGAAUGAGAAGAAAGCCGUGGAAAGAUAUAUGGAAAAGAAAAAGAAGCUGGAGGACCGUAUAGCAAAGCAAGAGGUCCCCCAGGAUAAGGAAAAGGAGCCGGAAAGCGUAGGUGCAUGA